CUUAUCAGGAACGCUUCAAACCCAUGAAGGGGACGCUGCCGCUUUAUUGCUAUCGCGCUGUUUAUUAAACCGUUUUAACACCUGACCCGGUUUACAGCAGGGAAAGCUUCACACAAAGAUGCUCGGCGGACGCACUGGCUGCCAUUUUUAAUCUACCUGCAGGAAUCAUUGUAAAGGGAAACGAUUACCUGCAUGAGUGUUAAUAUUUUAAACAGUUCGCGAUUGCAGUUUGAGCAGCUGUUGAGACUGCGCAUGCUUCACGGGAUCACAUUAAACUCAAGUCCUUAAAGAUGGCCAAAAUUGAGCGCCUUAAUGCUCGAGUGGAAAAGCUCCUGUCUAAAGUUGUGCAGGAAAUUCUGGAUGUGGUGAAAGAAACUGUGUCCGAGUAUCAGGAGAAAACUGCCAGAACCCAGAGAGAGAAUCAGAGUCUGAAGAGGAGACUGCAGGAGCUGCAAGACAGAAUAAACCUGGAGAGCAAUGGAUUGGUGCCAGAAAUGUUUGCAUCCAUCCCGGCAGAGGUGAAAAAGAAAGAAGAGGUGGUCAUCCCUGCUGAUAAAGACACUGAGUUAUUAGGUGCUUCCUGCCUUUCCCCUGACCGUGCAACAGAAAGCCUGGGAAAUCUGAAAACAAAGACACAUGAUGGACAGUCAGCCUCACUAUUAAACCACGAAAAACCCAUCAUUGCACCUCUGCAUGCUGAAAAUGACCAGAAAACGAAAGUAGAGCCUGCGUCAGAUAACGAUGGCUUGCGUAUUGUGAAUUAUUUUUAUAGCAAUCCAUCAACGAGCACUGCAGGACUCGGAGGCGAGUGUGCAGUUUUCUACAUUGAUUCAGAACACGGCGUACAGGAGCCAGCAAGACACAUCAGUGCAAACGAUGCUGGAGAAGAAAACCAAACCAACACAGAAGUGGGCUGCACAUCCUCAGCAGAGAAACUGCAGAGAAACGUCCGAAAACACUACAGCUGCUCCCUCUGCGGUCGCACCUUCAGGCACGCGGGUGACUAUAAGAAACACAACCGGGUGCACACAGGGGAGAGGCCGUACUGUUGCUCGGUGUGCGGCAAGCGCUUCAGCCAGUCGGGGUACCUCACAGUACACCUGCGCUACCACACAGGAGAGAAGCCGUUUGCCUGCAGCCAGUGCGGGAAAAGCUUCAGUCACUCGAGUAACUUAAAGAAGCACCAGCAGACUCAUCUGUGAAGGCUGGGAGUUUUUGGAGGUCAGCUAAAAACACAGAAAAAGGUUAAUGUGCCUUCUUCACAGAAUAGACAGCCUCUUAGGGAGCACUUGUGUUUUCCUGAGCUGCUGUUGUUGGUCACAUUUUGUUUGUUCCAUUACUAGAUUGUGAAGCGUGGAGUCUGUAGUGUGUUUCUGUAUUGUGAUCUCCAAAUAAAAUAAUUAGCUGAUCAAA